AUGUGGAAUCAACAACCUAUAUCACAGCAACAACAGCCUUUGCAGCAUCCUCAAUCUAUACCGACACAGCCUUAUCCAAUGAAUGGGAUCUUAAACAUGCAGCCUGCAUUCCAACAACAAUAUACGCAAGCCAGCGUCAUCGAUGCUCUGAAUGCCAAUGCAGUACCAUCACCACAACAGACAGCUUCCACGUCUCGUCCUCGUGCCUCACAGCCACAUAACACAUCCAUACAGCAGCAAAAACAGAAAGAAGAAAAAUUAGACACAACAUUCAAACGUCAAACAGACGGGCCUAUUUUGUGGUUCGCAGGACCUGCACUGAAUAUCAAUAAACUCUCAGACAGUAACACACCGGUACACUCUGUGGAAUACUUGAAAUGGAAACGUGAGCAGAAACAAAUGAAGCAGUAG